CAGAUGGGAGAAGUUAUGGAUGAGACUGUGUAUCCCAAGGGGCCACACAUGAAGAGUGAGGAAGCUCGCUGGAGAACUUUCACUCACUGGCCAGUGAAUUCACCGGUACAGCCCAGCAAACUGGCAGAGGCGGGCAUGUUUUGUCUUGGGAGGGAAGAUAAUGUGCAGUGUUUCUGUUGUGGAGGAAUUCUGGCUCAAUGGGAGCAAGGCCAUGAUCCCUGGAAUGAACAUGAAAAAUACUACCCAAACUGCUGUUUCAUCUGUGGCCACGAUGUGGGCAAUGUGCCGCUGGCAGCACCGACAUGUGGUAAAUGGUCGUGCACUAUAAAAAACAAUGCAGCAAUCAGUGUUGUAAAAUUUGAUAUUGCAAGUAUGGCACAGUCUAGUCAGGACAGCGGCAUUGAAGCUGACCAUGCAGAAGUCUUGUCAUCAAUGGAUGAUCGACUGCAUUCUUUCCAACACUUCCCUCGUUCUCAAGCGGUUUCAGUGAAGCGACUGGCCAUGGCAGGGUUUUACUACACGGGACAGGCGGAUAAGGUGCGCUGUUAUAGUUGCAAUGCAGCACUGGACAACUGGAACAAAGGUGACGUCCCGUUGAAAAGGCAUCAGCAAGCAUCUCCUUUCUGCAUGUUUCUCAAUUGUGCCCGUGGCAUGCGUCCCAUAAACAACUCGUCCAUCCUAAACAGCGGCUCUGAUUAUGACGAAGAGGCCGAAGCCAUGGAGUUACAGCUGCGCACGGGAGAAGUUAUGGAUGAGACCGUGUAUCCCAAAGUGCCACACAUGAAGAGUGAGGAAGCUCGAUUGAGAACUUUCAGCAACUGGCCAGUGAAUUCGCCGGUGCAGCCCAGCGACCUGGCGGAGGCGGGCAUGUUUUCUCUUGGGAGGGAAGAUAGCGUGCAGUGUUUCUGUUGUGGAGGGAUGCUGGCUCAAUGGGACCAGGGAGAUGAUCCCUGGAAUGAACAUGAAAAAUACUACCCAAACUGCUUCUUCAUCUUGGGCCACGAUGUGGGCAAUGUGCCGCUGAAAGCACCGAGACGUGUGGUGAAUGGUCGGGAAGCGCCUCUGGAGACUUUUGAAGGGCGAUUGGAUACCUUCAUAGACAGACAGCAUCCAAUAGACCAUGAGAGAUUGGCCAGAGCUGGCUUUUACAGCACAGGGGACAGAGACAAAGUGAUUUGUUUUAAAUGUGGAGGAGGGGUGAAGGACUGGCUGCCCGAAGAGGAUCCAUGGGAAGAGCAUGCCAGGCACUAUCCAGGUUGCAGUUUUCUUCUGGCAGAAAAAGGAAGUGAAUAUGUCAGUGAAGUACAACUCAGAUAUCCUAGGGGACAGCAUUCAAGGCCCAAUCAGAAUGGCUUAUCAAGUCAUGAGGAAGCAAAGGACCCAAUGACAAAACUUGAGCAACUUCAGAGAGAGAAGCUUUGUAAAGUCUGCAUGGACCAGGACAUAAGCAUCGUCUUCAUUCCCUGUGCACACCUGGUCACCUGCGAAAAGUGCUCAGAGUCUCUGAAUAAGUGUCCCAUCUGCUGUGCCACCAUUGCACAGAAGAUAAAGACCUAUAUUGCCUGAUCUCCAAGAGACCCCAACUACGAAUUAAACCCUAAUGCUCACUGAAUGCUUUGGAAGUCAGUCAUUCCUUAUAAUGGAACAUAAAGUUAUAUGUGAUUCAAGAUGUGUAUAUGUUUGUAAAUAUGUAUGCUUCCAAAUAUCCAGAGAUACUACAAUUCUAUGAAUAAAAUUUAAAAUGUAUUUUUUACGAAGUCACAAAAUUAACAAGUUGUACAUUUUAAUGUAUAUUUUGAUGAGAGAUUGGCAACACACUACAUUACUACAGUUUAAUUCAUUUUAAUUUAUUAUCUAUUGCAAGACCAAAAUCUUUCUUUUAAAAACAACUGUGUGACAUUAAUUUUAUUUCUUUUUAGCAUAAUAGUUUGAUGUUAAUAACCAUGGUGCCUUUAUAGACUAUUUUUAAAUAACAUUUUUAUUGUAUUAUAGAAAUUACAUUAUCAUGUAUGAUACAUGUAACAGGAUAAUUACUUUAGUUUAGACUUGGAAUUUGACCAAGGUUAAUUAAACUGUUUAAUCUUAAUUACAAAAUUCAAUAAAAUCUUUAUUUAUAAUUUA